CGGUUCUACCAUCGCCAGCGCGCCCCCUCCCGCACUCCCUCCGCCUCCCUCCGCAAACCACGCUCCAUCCUCGAAUCUAGUGCUCCUUCCGCUCUCCAUCCGCCUCCCUCCGCGCUCCAUCCGUCCUCUGCGCUCCAUCCUCGAAGGCUUCCAUCUAUGGCGACGAAUCCUGCCCACGGAGGCUUCCUUCUAUGGCGACGAAUCCCACGCUCCAUCCUCGAAUCAAGCAGCAGCGGUUCCUUCCAUCCUUGAAUCGAGCAGCGGAGGCUUCCUUCCAUCCAAAAAUCAAGCAGUCGUGGAUUCCUUCUAUGGCGCCCCUUCCUUUGACGGCCAGCCCCGUAGCGGCUCCCUCUAAUGGCAUUGGAAAAUCUUCCAUCCGGAUGGCGUUGAUUGCGGGGAAAUCCUCUCCCUCAAAGAUCUUAGGCCACCGUGUCUAUUUCUGCCUUCCCGCCUCCGCUCCCCCUCCUCUCUCCCUCCCUCCGCACACCACAUCUGCCCCUUCCUAUCUCCGCGUGCACUCCACGUGCGUGCACAUCGGAGGUGUGCCGCUGCCGGCUACGAAGAAGUAGCCUGUUGUUUCGGCUAGCGAGGGGGUGCGGAAGAAGGAAGGGAGAGGCGCUUGGUUGACCCGGACCGAAUGUCAAGACACCACCGAGGUUUCGCUGCAAUGCAGCGACGGCUUCCGCAGCUUCUUAGGCCAAGGUAAGCUU